ACAGAGCAGAGACGGCCCGGACACGCUGCCGCUUGCCGCCCGUGUGCCGCAGCGUCCCAUUGACUUUGGACGGUGCCGCGCCGCUCACCGUCGCUCCGCCCCGCAGCAGCGUCGUUAGCCUCCUGGCCGCUGCUGCUCUCCGGCUGGGAUGUGACAGAGGUGCGGCAGAGGCGCCACCGACCAGAACCUCAUCCAGGACCGAACCGGGAGAAGCGGCACCGUUCCAGGUUGAAUCGCCUCUAUCUGCCCCUGCAGCUCUUCGUCGCCCUUGGCCCUUUCCAGCAUUCAGCAUGGAGGACUCGGAGGCAGAGCUGGCGGUGUCGGAGUCGGACGCUCUGGGUGCCGACUUCAUCACGGUGGAGCUGGACACGCAGCCCAUUGAGUACGUGGUUAAGUGGGCCGAGGUGGGCUCCAAAUUCACCAUCUCCUGCGUGAAGAAGGACUCGGACGAGGGGUCGGAGCUGACGGCCGACCAGCUGAAGAUCGAGACGGACGAGGCGUUCUUCGCUCCAUACGAGGAGGUCUACCCCUGCGAGGUGACGGAGCAGAGCGUAGAGAUCAAGACGGACUCCGACGACGAGGAGGACGACGCCGACGAGGAGCAGGAGGUCCUGGUGGAGGCAGGAAGCAGCCAGCUGGACGGCGACGGCGACUCGGACGCGGCCGACUUCGAGCCGGACGAGCGGCAGUACCGCUGCAGCUACUGUGGGAAGAGCUACAGCCACGCCUCCAGCCUCUACCGCCACCAGCAGACCCACAGCAGGACCAGCACCCCGCCCACCAAGAGGGCCCUGGAGCCUGCCCACCAGGAUGCCCGCUACACCUGCCCUCACUGUGGCAUGAGCUUCAAAGGCAGCAGGAUGCUCGGGAGCCACCUGCGGCUGCACGGAAAGCGGCGGAUCCACCCCUGUAACAUCUGUGGGAAGGAGUUCAACCACAGCUCCAGCCUGUCCCGCCACCGCCUCAUCCACAAGAAGGGGAAGGGCCUCCCGAAGGACGCCGCCCUGGGCGCCAACACGGCCGCUCUGCGCCACUCGCUGAAGGCCGGCAGUAAGAACAAGAAGACCAAGAGGCAGCAGCAGCAUGUGGCGGCGGCCGCCAUCGUCCAGAACCCGGGCGGAGACAAGUUCUACGCCUGUCCGCAGUGCGACAUGAGCUUCAGGACGUCCACGCAGCUGUCCAAGCACCAGGUGACCCACGUCAAGGAGCUGCUGGACAACUACACACCCGGGAAGGAGAACCUGGGCGAGACCUCCUCCGACCUCAAGAUCCGCCUCAAGCUCUGCUCCCGCGACAAGCCCAACUUCUACACUCUGUGCAAGAAGAACCGGCGCCGCCAGGGCGCCCGGGCUGGCAAACGCGGCCCCGGCCCCUCUGAGGAGGAGAGCGGAGGGGGCGGGGCCGGUCGCCACGGAUGCGGCCAGUGUGGGAAGCGCUUUAGCCACGCCUCCAGCCUGGCGCGGCACCAGCAAACCCAUCGGGUCAGCGACGGUGGCGGGAGAAGCAAACUGCAGCAGCACCAGAAGACCGGACUCGGCGCCAAGACGAAGACGUACACGUGCGCAGCGUGCAACAAGACCUUCAUGCACUCAUCCAGCUUCUCCCGCCACAAGAAGGCGCACCUGGAGGAGGAGGAGCGGGCCCGGGCCGCCGCCAAGCGCCGCAAGAGACCCGUCCUAGACGAGACCGCCCCGCUGGAGUCCGACUCGGAGUGACAGUGCCGCGCUCUGGACUGGGUUUGGACCGGUUCUGGUUCUGAAUCAGCGCUGACUGGUUCUGGACUGGUUUGGGACCAGUUCUGGAAAGUUCUACCUUGGAAAUGUUCUGGACCAGUUGAGACCGGUUCUGGUGGUCCAGGUUCCGAACUGGACCUGGUUGGUACCGUGGUGUAGAUAGCAGCAGGACUUCCUUAUAUGGUUGUAUGGGUGGGCGUGUCCACGUACGGUCACAUCCAUAUAUGGUCAGAAGUGACCGCAGCUCAUCACUUUUACGAAUGGGAUUAGAUUUACAGCCCCGCCCCCUCACUCCAUUUCCCAUCAGCCCCCUGGACACAGAGACGGUCGCUGCAGAGCAUCAUGGGAAACUGAGUCCUGCAGCUUCAGACGCAGCCGCUCUCUGAUUGGAAGAUUCAAGUUCACUGACAACAAAAACCAGACGAUAAACAAAUGAUCGAUCAGUCGAUUGAUCAGGUCCAUGAAUCUGCAGCUGUUUUCAUUCAUUGAUUUAAUCAUUUAUUGAUCAAUUAAUGGAGAAAGAAUCUGAUUCAGUCGCUUUGAAUAUUGAUCAGCAGUCACUGGAUCUACCAAUUACUAUCAGCAUCUGUGCUGAUUCCCUUCAGUUUGUUUCAGUAGCUGAUUGAUCGCUUCGAUUAAUCACUUGUAUCGAUCUCGUUGUGUUUUUGUCGUCAGUGAGCCAGCCCGGUCCGAUCCGGUUCUUCGCUUGUCUUUGUUUUCUUUUUUCUCCUCCUUUUCCUAUCAGAAGCCGCCGCCCACUUCCUCCCUGAGUGAUUUUGAUUGGCUGAAGCGCUUAUUGGCACAGUGUUCUGAUUGGUCGACUGCACACAGACUGUAACCUGCAGCCGUCGGCCAUUUUUGUAGUUUUAUUGGAAGUUCAAAGUGCACUACUUAUUUAUGAAUUGGAGCGAUGUUGUAAUAUAUGAAUAUUAUUAAUAUUUAAUGUCACAGUUUAAAAAAAGAAAAACAGGAGCACGUUACCAUAGCAACAACACCCCCACCCUCAUCCAUCAGCGUCGCCAUCGACGUUAAAGCCUCCAAUCAGAGGGGUAUGAACGUGUCCACCAAUCAGAUUUAAGCACUCUGAAUCUGUCAAACUGUUUAUUGAUCGAAUCGAAAACAACGAGGAAAGCAAAGGUCUGUGGGUAAACUGACAGGAAGUGAUGUCACUGUGAGAACAUUUCUUAAAGUGAACAGUUCAGUGACAGAUUUGAGCUGAAUGUCAGCAGGUUGUUCUCAGAUGUUUGCUUAUUUUGGUUAAACUGGAUGAAAAGUCGUUGCUGUGAUCAGUUAAAGUUCAGCGUUUUUUUGUCGCCUGAAUUAUUUAAAAUCUUGGACCAAAAGUUUCCUGCAGCUCGCACCAAAUCACCUGUGGACGCCGGCCUGAAGCCCCGCCCCCUUUGCUCUGUGUGUGAUUUCCUGUGAGUCGGUUUGAUGUCACUUCCUGCUCCCGCCUCCUGGUCUGGUUCUGCUCCGUUCUGUCCAGGUUGGAUCCAUGUUGUGUUGGUUUGUUUCGGUUCCGGCGAAGCUUCAGAUUAAAGGUUCUCAUUGUAUCGUGUUCUAGAAAAACCCAGUCGACAUGUUGGUCUCGUUUUGUAAUAAAAUAAUAAAUAAACCUUUAAAGAAGUUC